CGAGAGCAUCCAACAACCCUUUGUGCCGCCUAGGCAAGGCAGCUAUGUAGGAAACGCCCGCAAAAGCAUGUCGUUCGACAGCUCAUUACUAUCGUCAACAUGGAGCUCCUUCUCGACCCAAAGCCCCGCCACAAGCUUCAGCUCGACGACCUGCGAGGUGCGACGCAGCCGGAGUCGUCGACGACGUUCGAGUGCGAGUGAACACGAUCGGACUAUUGCGAAAUUUGCCAGGACGAGCAUCAGUCCCUACCGCCAGCUCCCGGAGUCGAAAGUUCUCUGCGGCCCAUGUCGUAAUUUGAAUUUGAGCUCCAUUAUCACCUCUGGAAUAGAGAUUACAUCUGCGUCAGGACAAUUUAUUGCUUACCUAGACUGGGAUACAGAUUCUAGAUGCAUGCUUUGCGCAUUCUUCAGAUCUAUGCGUAUUCCUCACCCGCAUCGUAGCAAAUAUGAAGCUGAAGAGAAUGCUUAUCACCUGCGCGCAUUUUCAGGCAUUCUCUCAUUUCGGGAAUACUUCAACCGCCCUCCAAAUAACAGGAAGGUUAGCGGCUCUUCCGAUACUAUACUCGCGGUGGUGCCUAAUGGUCUGUUCUCUGACAUAAAAAACCCAAUCCAGCACUACGCAGACACGUUCGGAGCCGUGGGCUACAUACUACCCGUAGCCUAUUCGUCCCUCUCGCCAUGGCUCACAGGCCGGUCUAUAGACCCGCUUCGCAUCAACAUUCCGCUCAUCCAGGAAUGGCUUGAGCAUUGCAAGAAAAAGCACAGCUGCACGAUGCGCUACUCGCGUCCAUCAAAUCUGCGCAUCAUCGACUGCAAGACAUCCAAAAUUGUCAUGGCACCGCCAAAUUGCAACUACUUUGCCUUGAGCUAUGUGUGGGGAAAACCACCAGCGGCCAACCCAACGUCCUCUUCAGUGCAAGACCCGAACGCGAGCACCCGCGAGUUACUUCACGCCGCCGCCCCCGUUGUGCGCGAUGCGAUCAAAGUUGUCCUGAGUCUCGGCUGGCGGUACCUGUGGGUAGACAAAUACUGCAUUCCACAAGCAGAUCCCAAGCUCAAGGGUGAGCAAAUUGGGAAAAUGGACCUGAUCUAUGAAGGCGCGUAUUGCACUAUUGUUGCAGCGGUAGGGUCGAGCGACCAAGUUGGGCUCCACGGGAUCAGCAUUGCGCGACACGCUCAACCUUCCUUCUCGUUGGACGACCGCGACGUGCACUUCGUGUCCUCAUUACCCGACCCACAGCGUUCGGUAAAAGCAUCAACGUGGAUGACGAGGGCUUGGACCUUCCAGGAAGCAUUUUGCUCAGCGCGACGUCUCAUCUUCACACCACACCAGGUCUACUUCGAGUGCAAAGAUAUGCACAGUUGCGAGGCGGUCGAGCUUCCGCUAUCCCUCCUCUCUGGUCCUCACGCCCGGCCAGUCCUCUUCCGCGACGAGUGGCUCGCGGGCACGCACCGCUUUGGUCCUCUGAGUGCUUUUUGGGCAGCCGUAAAGGAAUAUUCGCUACGCUGCAUGACGUUCGAUACCGAUGCCCUUGCUGCGCUUGAGGGCAUCCUACGCAGAUUCCAGGCCAGUCCCGCGUUCGUGUACAACAUCUUUGGCAUCCCACUAGUCUUGGAGGAGGGCGCCAGGGGAGAAAACGAUGCGUUGCUCAACGCCCGGCUCUUCGUUGCGGGGCUCUCCUGGUAUCAUAACGGUGCGGCGCGACGGAGGAUACAGUUCCCCAGUUGGACAUGGGCAGGGUGGGAGGGCGGUGUCCAGCCGCAGCGCACAUUCGGGGGUGCAUAUUACGGAAGCGAUGUGCGCUUGUGGGUGGAGGAUGUAGACGGUGUGAAGUUUCCAUGGGAUUUGUUCUGGGAGGGUUUCUGGCGGCCUGAGGGGAAAGCAAAGUGUUAUGAACGAUACGGGUGCUUGAUCAUCGAGGCAGACGUGUUCAAAGUGCAACUCGUGCCGAGAAUCUAUCAACAGAGAUCAAGUACGUCGGCGAUGACGAAGAGCGCCGUGUUCGAUAUGGUGAGUCCAUACGACUCCACCGUCAAGUAUUCAUCCGUCAUGUUGCCCUUGGACAUGUUGGACGAGACGAAACUUACGACAGAGCUCUGGGAUUGUAUGGUGCUGGGGGCAAAGGUCAGAGGUGGCAACCCGGAUAUCAUGCUCCUUCGGUGGCGCGUUGACGUUGCGGAGAGGCUCUGGGCGGGGACACUUUGGCCUCAGAAAAGUUUUGGAGGAGCACCUAGGGUAUAUUACCCACCAUGUAUGAAGAGAAAAUUCAUGCUGGCGUGAAAGUCCUAAGUUCCGAUUCGGAAAGGUACACAGAGCUCAGUGGUUAGUUGAAAUGGAAGGGUCUACCCUUUGGGCGCAA